GAGUACCCGAAGAGAAAACUUUAAAACUACCAACCGUAGCAUCGGAAUUCGCAUACAACUACCGCUCAAGUCCUGUAGUUGAGUCCUAGGGUUUAUAUAUUUCUUACUGAUUCGAUCAUCAAAAUUUAUGCUAAAAUCGCAAACAACAUUACCAGAAGCAGACAUGGGUGGGUUUGAGGUCUUGUGGAUUGGGAGAGUGAUUCUUCUUCUGCAAUUGGUUCCAGGAAUUCUGGGUUGGGGAAAGGAAGGACAUUAUACUAUCUGCAAGAUUGCUGAGGGAUAUCUUUCUGAAGAUGCUUCAGCUGCAGUGAAAGAAUUGCUUCCUGAUCAUGCUGAAGGUGAUCUUGCUUCUGUUUGCUCUUGGGCUGAUGAGAUUCGGUUCCACUUCCACUGGAGUGGACCUUUACACUAUGUUGACACGCCCGAUUUCAGGUGUAACUACAGCUACUGCCGGGACUGCCAUGACACCGCUGGUCAUAAAAAUAGGUGUGUCACUGGAGCAAUUUACAACUAUACAAUGCAACUUAUGUCAUAUAGUGACUCUAAUUCAGAAAUGAAAUACAAUUUGACAGAGGCACUUAUGUUCUUAUCACAUUUUAUUGGGGAUGUCCAUCAGCCUCUUCAUGUUGGUUUCCUUGGAGAUGAAGGUGGGAACACUAUCACUAUCCGAUGGUGUAAGAGGAAGACUAAUUUGCACCAUGUAUGGGAUACUAUGAUAAUUGAAUCUGCCCUGAAGACAUUCUAUAGUAAAGAUCUUUCAAUUAUGAUACAGGCUAUUCAAAAGAAUAUUACGGAUGGUUGGUCUGAUGAAUUCUUACUGUGGGAAGGUUGCGCACUUGGUCAGACAGUUUGUCCAGACCCGUAUGCUUCUGAAAGCAUUAAUUUGGCCUGCAAGUUUGCCUACAGAAAUGCGCCACCAGGAAGCACUCUAGGAGAUGAUUACUUUCUCUCUCGGCUUCCUGUUGUGGAGAAGAGGCUUGCUCAAAGCGGGGUCCGCUUGGCUGCCACCCUCAACCGUAUCUUCGGUUCACGACCAUCAAUCUCACAAGAAUGAAAUGAAAGGAUACAGAAGCAACAUCAGUUAUUGUCAUAAAAAAUGGAGGUAAAGGGGCGAUAGAGAAUAAAAGUAGGUUUAUAUCACGAAGAUUGGGACCAUGCCAUUCAGCAUCCUACAUGGCUUACUAAGGUUAGCUAUUUGUUCUCCUUGAUGCCAACUAUUCAAGAAAGCCAAGAAAUGUACUUUAUUGUCACCUCCUGACCCACAUUUGUUUCUUUAAUUUCUGGGAUUACUCUAUGUAGAAUAUGCCCAUCUUGCUUGUGUUCACAGCGAACUAUUAAGCAUCAAAAUGGGGAAGAUUUUAGACUUGCACUCAAUGUGAACUCUUUACGAGCUGUGUAUAUAGAACAUGAGCCCAUCAUAGUGGGUGUUAGAA